CACCGUAGUCCUGGCGACUGUUACCCAUCAACAACAACUACUCCUCUCCUCCUCCUCCUCCUCUUCCUCCUCCUCCUCCCCACCACCACCAUCUCCAUCACCCACCAACAACACCACAAUAAUCCACAGCCAAGAGACCAUCAUGCAGACAUCAGAGACCGGGUCGGACACAGGUUCGACGGUGACUUUACAGACAUCUGUGGCUAGUCAAGCAGCAGUGCCUACACAGGUGGUACAGCAAGUACCAGUACAACAACAGGUGCAGCAGGUACAGACUGUGCAGCAGGUACAGCAUGUCUAUCCAGCUCAGGUGCAGUACGUGGAAGGAAGCGACACUGUCUAUACCAAUGGAGCAAUCCGAACAACAACUUAUCCUUACACAGAAACGCAGAUGUACAGCCAAAACACUGGAGGGAAUUACUUUGAUACUCAAGGGAGUUCUGCACAGGUGACUACCGUGGUCUCAUCCCACAGUAUGGUGGGCACUGGUGGGAUUCAGAUGGGCGUCACGGGAGGACAACUCAUCAGCAGCUCUGGAGGAACCUAUCUGAUUGGCAAUUCAAUGGAGAAUUCUGGUCACUCAGUGACACAUACCACUCGGGCUUCCCCAGCGACAAUUGAAAUGGCGAUUGAGACGCUGCAAAAGUCUGACGGUCUGUCCACUCACAGAAGCUCUCUUCUCAACAGCCAUCUCCAGUGGCUGUUGGACAAUUACGAGACAGCAGAAGGAGUGAGCCUUCCCAGAAGCACUCUUUACAACCACUACCUACGACACUGUCAGGAACACAAACUGGACCCAGUCAAUGCUGCUUCUUUUGGAAAACUUAUAAGGUCAAUUUUUAUGGGGCUACGAACCAGGAGAUUGGGAACCAGAGGAAACUCCAAGUACCAUUACUAUGGGAUUCGUGUCAAGCCAGAUUCCCCUCUUAAUCGUCUGCAAGAAGACAUGCAGUAUAUGGCUAUGAGACAACAACCCAUGCAACAGAAACAAAGGUACAAGCCUAUGCAGAAAGUGGAUGGGGUUGCAGAUGGUUUCACAGGAAGUGGUCAACAGACAGGCACAUCUGUUGAGCAAACUGUAAUUGCCCAAAGUCAACAUCAUCAACAGUUUUUAGAUGCAUCUCGAGCACUUCCAGAGUUUGGAGAAGUUGAAAUCUCUUCUCUGCCAGAUGGUACUACCUUUGAGGAUAUCAAGUCACUGCAGAGUCUUUAUCGAGAGCACUGUGAGGCAAUAUUGGACGUUGUUGUGAAUCUUCAAUUUAGCCUGAUAGAAAAAUUGUGGCAAACAUUCUGGCGCUAUUCUCCCUCUACUCCAGCUGACGGCACUACCAUUACUGAAUCAAGCAAUCUGAGUGAAAUAGAAAGUCGACUUCCGAAAGCAAAGCUGAUAACUCUGUGCAAACAUGAGUCUAUCCUGAAAUGGAUGUGUAACUGUGACCAUGGGAUGUACCAGGCUUUGGUGGAGAUUCUCAUCCCCGACGUCCUUAGACCUAUUCCUAGUGCCUUGACCCAAGCCAUUCGAAAUUUUGCAAAAAGCCUUGAAGGUUGGCUUUCCAAUGCCAUGAACAAUAUUCCACAGAGAAUGAUACAAACCAAGGUUGCAGCUGUAAGUGCCUUUGCCCAGACUCUGCGAAGAUACACGUCGCUCAAUCACCUGGCCCAGGCAGCUCGUGCAGUGCUUCAGAACACUUCUCAGAUCAACCAGAUGCUCAAUGACCUCAACCGUGUCGACUUUGCCAAUGUCCAGGAGCAGGCUUCCUGGGUAUGUCAGUGUGAUGACAACAUGGUUCAGAGACUAGAAACAGACUUCAAGAUGACUCUUCAGCAGCAGAGCACCCUGGAGCAGUGGGCUGCAUGGCUUGACAAUGUGAUGAUGCAAGCACUGAAACCCUAUGAAGGAAGACCCAGUUUUCCUAAAGCUGCCAGGCAGUUUCUGCUAAAAUGGUCUUUCUACAGCUCAAUGGUUAUUCGGGACUUAACCCUACGCAGUGCUGCUAGCUUUGGCUCCUUCCACCUGAUCCGUCUGCUCUACGACGAGUAUAUGUUCUACUUAGUAGAACAUCGUGUUGCUCAGGCAACAGGAGAGACACCCAUAGCGGUCAUGGGUGAGUUUGGUGAUUUAAAUGCUGUGUCUCCUGGAAAUCUGGAUAAAGAUGAAGGCAGCGAAGUGGAGAGUGAAAUGGAUGAGGAAUUAGAUGACUCUUCAGAACCUCAAGCCAAAAGAGAGAAAACCGAGCUGAACCAGGCAUUUCCGGUAGGCUGUAUGCAGCCUGUCCUCGAGAGUGGCGUGCAGCCAAGCCUCCUGAAUCCAAUUCACAGCGAGCACAUCGUCACGAGUACUCAGACUAUCAGACAGUGCAGCGCUACAGGAAAUACCUACACUGCAGUCUAAAGAAUGUUAAAACGUAUUUUUCCAGCUAACAUUAACCCUGUUGAUAUUGGGCUUAAGUUGAAAUUUUAAUAAGCCUGAAGGUCAACGGUUGUCAAAUUCUCUGUGCUGAACAUUACCUUUUUGGAGUUGUGAAAUGGAAUGGGUGUAUGUAUUUUGCCAGGUCUUUUUUUUUUUUUUUUUAAUGUAAACAAAUUAUUUGCUUCUUAAUGAUGAGUUUUUUUCCCCUUAGUUUUGGGUGUCAAGAAGGAUUUUUACAACACUUAAUGUCAAUGUUUUUGUUUUCUUAUAAUUAAAAAAUAAUUUACAUUUUUUGUAGCUUAAAAUAUUUUAUUGUUGAUUGUUAGUCUUGGUGUAUGAUUUCAUGUGUAAGUUUUUAAUUAGAUGCACUUCUGUGAAAUAUCAAAAGAAAUGAUUUUCUUUGAUUUACACUGGAGGCAUGCCCACUGGGCAGCAGAUGCAUCAAAUUUGCUUUUGAAAGGUGCUUUUCAUUGGACAGAACCACAAGACACUAUUUUCAUAACAUUUUGGAGUAUGGAGAGAGAAUACAGAGCAUUUUUAUUAUAGUGCUAGAGGGUUGGGAAGGUCAUCUAUUUUUCUCUGAAGAAAAGUUGAGCUGUGCAUUUAUCAGUUCAGAGUAAAUGACAGAAUUGCAAGAGAUUAUGCUAAUAUGUACAUAAUUUGUGUACAUAAUUAUUAAACCAUGUUAAUGCAAGCUUCCGUUAAACAUUGAAUUUUAACUGUUAUUUGCAUACCAAUUCCUCUGUUUAAAGACUACUGAUUCUGUAUUUGGGACCACUGCACAGAUGCAUUCUGCUGUUGAGUGGGGCUGUUAUAGUUAGAUACUGAAGCUGAAAAAAAAUGACUUGACUUUUUUUUUUUUUAAGUGUACAUGCUACUUAUGCUGAGCUGGACAUACAGGAAACCAUUCCAUUUGAAUGACUUUCUUUUAUUCCAGGUCUUUUUCCUAAUAGUAGUUCAAUAUGCUGCUAUUAUAAAAGAAAAUUUAUGGAAUGCAAGGAAUGUAGCAACCUGCAUAUCGUUAUUUCCUUCAAAAAUAUUUCCUGGUUUCUAAAGUAUGUGGAUUUAAAUUUUAAACAGAACCUGAAGGCAGUGUAACUGGCACACCGCACUGUUGCUUAUCCCCAAUUCUGUAGGAUUUGGAUAGGUGGCUGGAUGGACCAGUGCCGUUGAAGAAUGUACAUCAGGGAUCAUCGUACCUCGGCUAUUACAUGGUGCCUUAAAACAGAACUGAAGCUAAGGUUUAGUAAGGCUUAUUUUGUUCAUGUGAAUUCCUCUUCAAUCCAUUUGACAAGGUGUGCCUGUCAUUUUCAGAUUCCCGAAGUAAGGACAGGUAACAUGUUCUUCAAAGGAAAUUUAGGGCAAACAAAGCAAAAUGAAAAGACAAAAAUCACUUCCCCUCUUUGAGUGACCGUGAAUUUAUUUUUGUUCCUAGAGCUGAAUAUUACUUGAUUACAAAUCACAUUGCUUAAGGAUUAAGGAUCAGAUUGCUAUUGUGAAAUAGCAGGCUAGUUUUAAUUACCAACUUUGUUACAGAAAAUCAUAUAUAUUUUAGACCAUUCUUAUCUAGUUAUAACUUAAGAAAAUUAACACAAUAAGCAGGUACUUAUUGAAGUGCAUCUUUUCAGUCUAAAUGUUUCUCUGUGUGUCUCAGUGUCUGUGUGCCCACAUGCACGCGCGAGUGUCCGUGGGCAGGAGUCAGCUACCAAGUCAGAAGGUGAGAUCCCAGAGAGGAUAACACCCAUCCCUACUUUAAUUUACGUGAAAAGCAAGGUUCUUUUAAGCUCUCAAAUUAUUAACCAACAACAACAAAAACAGGCACAUCCAUUUAUUUAAAUAGUUCUAAAAAAGUUAAUUAGCAAAAAUAAAUAAUACACAAAUACAUAGAGCCAAAAAAAGGGAAAGCACAAAAUGAUUUACAGAUUAUUAAUGAGGCCUAUAUUACACUCAAGACGUUUAUCUUUCCAGUU